AUGCUCAACUUGUUUUCUUCCACUUCUCUCUUGCCCAGUUUCCUUUUGCCCCCUCUCUUGAUCUGUUUCCUCUAUCCUUCAUUUCUUCUCUUUCUUUCUCACAACAUGUUUAAUUUUUCUUCUGUUUCCCACAUUUCCUUUUUUUCUCUUUCCCACAUUUCCUUUUUUUUUUUUUUUUCCUUUUCCCCCCCAUUUCCUUUUUGCUCUCUUUCCCCCCAUUUCCUUUUUGCUCUCUUUCCCCCAUUUCCUUUUUGCUCUCUUUUCCCCCAUUUCCUUUUUGCUCUCUUUCCCCCAUUUCCUUUUCGCUCUCUUUCCCCCAUUUCCUUUUCGCUCUCUUUCCCCCAUUUCCUUUUGCUCUUUUCCCCAUUUCCUUUUUGCUCUCUUUCCCCCAUUUCCUUUUGCUCUCUUUCCCCAUUUUCCUUUUGCUCUCUUUCCCCCAUUUCCUUUUGCUCUUUUCCCCCUCUCUUUCCCCAUUUCCUUUUUGCUCUCUUUCCCCCAUUUCCUUUUUGCUCUCUUUCCCCCAUUUCCCCUUUCCCCAUUUCCUUUUUUUGCUCUCUUUCCCCAUUUCCUUUUGCUCUCUUUCCUCCAUUUCCUUUUGCUCUCUUUUCCCCCAUCCAUUUCCUUUUUGCUCUCUUUUCCCAUUUUUUUGCUUUUUUUUUUGCUCUCUUCCCCAUUUCCUUUUUUCUCUUUUCCCCAUUUCUUUUUUUCUCUCUUUUUGCUCUCUUUUUUUCCUUUUUCUCCUCUUUUUUCAUUUCCCUUUUCCUCUUUUUUUUUUUCCCCAUUUUGCUUUUGCUCUCUUUCCCCCCUUUUGCUUUUUGCUCUCUUUUCCCCAUUUCCUUUUUUUUUGCUCUUCUUUCCCCAUUUCCUUUUUCUUUUGCUCUCUUUCCCCCAUUUUCCUUUUUUUCCUCUCUCUUUCCCUUUUCCUCUCUUUCCCCCAUUUCCUUUUCUCUCUUUUCCUUUUUUGCCCCCCAUUUCCUUUUUUCUCUUUUCCCCCAUUUCCUUUUUUCUUUUCCCCAUUUCCUUUUUUCCUUUUCUUUUUCCCCAUUUCCUUUUUCUCUCUUUCCUUUUGCCCCCCCCCAUUUCCUUUUGCUCUCUUUCCCCCAUUUCCUUUUUGCUCUCUUUCCCCCAUUUCCUUUUCGCUCUCUUUCCCCCCAUUUCUUUUUUGCUCUCUUUCCCUUUUUCUCUCUUUCUCACAUUUCCCUUUUCCUCUCUUUUUCCCCCAUUUUGCUUUUGCUCUCUUUUCCCCCAUUUUGCUUUUUUCUCUUUUCCCCCAUUUUGCUUUUUUGCUCUCUUUUUUUCCCCAUUUUGCUUUUUUGCUCUCUUUUCCCCCAUUUUGCUUUUUGCUCUCUUUUUUUUCUCUCUUUCUCUUCCCAUUUUGCUUUUUUUCUCUCUUUUUCCCCAUUUUUUUGCUCUUUUUCCCCCAUUUCCUUUUUCUCUUUCCCCGAUUUCCUUUUCGCCCAAUCUCUCUAUCCCUUUUCCUCUCUUUCUCACAUUUCCCUUUUCCUCUCUUUCCCCCAUUUCCUUUUUGCUCUCUUUCCCCCAUUUCCUUUUUGCUCUCUUUCCCCCAUUUCCUUUUUGCUCUUUUCCCCCCAUUUCCUUUUUUGCUCUUUUUUUCCAUUUCCUUUUUUGCUCUUUUUCCCCCCGAUUUCCCCCCCUUUUCCUCUCUCUAUCCCCAUUUCCUUUUGCUCUUUCCCCCCCAUUUCCCCAUUUCCCCCCCAUUUUUUUGCUCUUUUCCCCCAUUUUUUUUUGCUCUCUUUCCCCCAUUUCCUUUUCCUCUUUUUUCUUUUGCUCUCUUUCCCCCAUUUCCUUUUGCUCUCUUUUUUCGCUCUCUUUCCCCCAUUUUUUGCUCUCUUUCCCUUUUCCUUUGCUCUCUUUCUCACAUUUCCUUUUUUCUCUCUUUUUUUUUGCCAUUUUGCUUUGGUUUCCCCCAUUUCCCCAUUUUUUUGCUUUUUUUUCCCCCCCAUUUCCCUUUUCCUCUCUUUUUCCCCCAUUUUUUUUGCUCUCUUUCCCCAUUUCCUUUUUCUCUCUUUCCCCCAUUUCCUUUUUGCUCUUUUUUUCCCCUUUCCCCUUUUUUUUCUCUCUUUUCCCCAUUUCCUUUUGCUCUCUUUUUCCCCAUUUCCUUUUUUGCUCUUUUUCCCCAUUUCCUUUUUGCUCUUUUCCCUCAUUUCCCUUUUUUCUUUUUCCCCCAUUUCCUUUUGCUCUCUUUUUUCCCCAUUUCCUUUUCGCCUCUAUCCCCAUUUUUUUGCUCUCUUUCCCCCACAUUUUGCCUUUUCCUUUCCUUUUUCUCACAUUUCCCUUUUGCUCUCUUUCCCCAUUUCCUUUUUUUGCUCUUUUUCCCCCAUUUCCUUUUUUCUCCCUUUCCUUUUUCCCCCCCAUUUCCUUUUUUUUUUGCUCUUUUCCCCCAUUUCCUUUUUGCUCUUUUUCCCCCAUUUCCUUUUUUGCUCUCUUUCCCCCCAUUUUUUUUGCUCUCUUUUCCCCAUUUCCUUUUUGCUCUUUUCCCCAUUUCCCUUUCUCUUUUCCCCCAUUCCUUUUUCGCUUCUAUCCCUUUUGCUCUCUUUCUCACAUUUCCCUUUUGCUCUCUUUCCCCCUUUUCCUCUCUUUCCCCCUUUCCUCUCUUUCCCCAUUUCCUUUUUACUCUCUUUCCCCCAUUUCCCUUUUACUCUCUUUCUUUCUCUUCUUGAUUUGAGGACCACAACCAGCCAAGCAAUAUUUAAACUGCAAGCUGGCAUCUGUGCUCUCUUUAGAAAGUUCCUCACGCAACAAGGAUUUGUUGAAAUACACACCCCCAAAAUUAUUUCUGCUGCUUCUGAAGGUGGUGCUAAUGUGUUCGAAGUCUCCUACUUCAAGACUUCAGCUUAUUUGGCUCAGUCACCACAACUUUAUAAGCAAAUGGCAAUUUGUUCUGACUUUGAAAAAGUCUUCACUGUUGGAGCAGUUUUCCGUGCUGAAGAUUCCAACACACAUCGUCACUUGACUGAGUUUGUUGGACUCGACUUGGAGAUGGCAUUCAGAUACCAUUAUCAUGAAGUGAUUGAUACAAUUGCCUCUUUUUCUCAUUUUUCUUCCUUCUUUUGGCUUUUCAUUUUCCCCGUUUUUUUCUUUCUUUCUCGGAUGCCUAUAAAAUCUUAUGACACAGACUUUUACAUCUUGGAUAAAUAUCCACUUGUCAUCCGGCCAUUCUACACAAUGCCUGACCCCAACAAUCCAAAAUCCUCCAAUUCAUAUGACAUGUUCAUGAGGGGAGAAGAAAUUCUGUCUGGUGCCCAGCGAAUCCACGAUGCAGAUUUACUGACAACUCGGGCUAAAGAACACGAUAUUGAUUUGGAUAAAAUCAAAGCUUACAUUGAUUCUUUCCGUUAUGGAGCCCCUCCCCAUGCAGGAGGUGGAAUUGGUUGUGAGCGUGUCACUAUGCUUUAUUUAGGACUGGACAAUAUUAGAAAGACCUCUAUGUAUCCCCGUGACCCGAAGAGGCUGACACCUUAA